UGGCAGUUUUUGUUGCGGAAGAAGAAGGCGAUCGAUGAGAAGCAGCCAGUAACGUACGCGUGGUCCGGAGCGCUUAUUUUUAACGAAUGAUUUCAUCAGUUACUUAAUCUUUUAACGUCAUGUCAAUUCGCACCUUUUACUGUUAAUUUCACAUUCAUGUUUGUGACAUAUGAUUGUUUAAACCACCGGCAAACUGAUUACCAUCGAGUAAUCAAUCAUUUUUUUAUGAAAUGAACAAACAUGAGUCAACAAGCAGUUACGGACCCCUCAUCGGUGCAAUCGAUGAAGGGACAAGUAGUGCAAGAUUUUUGGUUUUUGCUGCAAACACAGCAGAAGUAUUAACAUAUCAUCAGAUUUCUAUACCUCAGUUAUGUCCAAAAGAGGGAUGGGUUGAACAAGAUCCGACAGAAAUAUUAAAAGCAGUCAGGGAAUGCAUUCGUCAAACUAUAUUUAAUUUAAAACAACUAGCCAUAGAUCCUAAUGAUAUAGUUGCAGUCGGUGUAACAAACCAAAGAGAAACCACAGUUGUAUGGGAUUCUGUUACUGGAGAGCCAUUAUAUAAUGCUAUUGUGUGGAUGGAUAUGAGAACUACUUCCAUUGUAGAUGAUAUAUUAGACAAGAUACGUAAUCGAAAUAAGAACUAUCUGCAGCCACUUUGUGGCUUGCCUAUUAGUCCUUACUUUAGUGCUUUAAAAUUAAAAUGGUUAUUAGAUAAUGUGCCUUCCGUUCAUGCAGCUCGGAAUCAGAAACGUUGCAUGUUUGGCACCAUUGAUUCUUGGCUGAUUUGGAACUUAACUGGAGGAACAAACUCUGGUAUCCAUGCGACAGAUGUUACAAAUGCUUCACGAACGAUGUUAAUGAAUAUCUCUACCUUGAAAUGGGAUCCAACAUUGUUAUCAUUUUUCAACAUACCAUUAGAAAUUUUACCAGAAAUUCGAAGUUCGUCUGAAAUAUAUGGUUAUAUACAGGAUGAGAUUCUCUCCGGCGUACCAAUAUCAGGAUGUUUAGGUGAUCAACAGUCAGCAUUAGUAGGUCAGAUGUGUUUUCAAAAGGGCCAAGCAAAGAGCACGUAUGGAACUGGAUGCUUCCUUUUGUAUAAUACUGGAACUGCUAUUGUUAAAUCAACUUAUGGUCUAUUGACAACAGUUGCUUAUCAGUUUGGGCCACACGUACCACCUGUAUACGCCCUUGAGGGUUCUGUAGCAAUAGCUGGAGCUGGUAUUCAGUGGCUAAGGGAUAAUCUCGGAAUAAUAGAACAUAUAAAAGAUAUUGAACCUCUUGUUGAAACAAUACCACUUGAUAAUCGUGUCACGUUUGUGCCUGCAUUUUCCGGAUUGUAUGCUCCAUAUUGGAGAAAAGAUGCAAGGAGCGUUAUAUGCGGAAUUACUGAAGACACUAAUAGCACAAAUAUUAUAAAGGCAGCUUUGCAAGCUGUUUGUUUUCAGACAAGAGAUAUUUUAGACGCUAUGAAAAAGGACACUGGAUAUAUUUUAUCUAAGCUGUUGGUAGAUGGUGCUAUGACUACUAAUAAUUUGUUAAUGCAAAUGCAAGCUGACAUAUGCGGGAUUCCAGUUGUAAGGCCUAUGAUGUGUGAAACUACUGCACUUGGAGCUGCGAUAGCGGCCGGAAACGCAGAUGGUAUACGGAAAUGGGAUGUGAAAGUAGAUUCUGCCGUUCCAAGUGAUACUUUUUUACCUUCCAUAAGCGAAAAUGAAAGAGAUAUAAUGUACGCGCAAUGGAAAAUGGCUAUUGAGAGAAGUUUAGGUUGGGAUCUACAAACUGAUACCAAGGAUUAUACCAGUACUGUCCACAAAGUAACUGCCCCUGGCAUUUUUGUGAUAAGUACAAUAAUUUUACUUAUAUUCGCGGAGUAUUAUUCUACGUUAUGACUGAACGAGCACAUGUACUGUAUGUUCCACCAACAAUGCAUUUGGGCAGGUCCUGUUUACUUAAAUUAUUAAUUAUUGUACUAAUUAUUAAAUUUAUAAAAGUAACGUUAUUUAUAAAUAAAGGUGCCAUAAUACUGUGAUAA